GAUUAAUAUAUAAAAAUUAUGCAUUUGCUUUGUCGACUGUCAUUGAAUUCUGGGUACAGCGUUGAAUUUUGCUUUGGUGUGCGGGGAGAAAAACACUAUAAAUAAGGGAGAGAGAUAGAAAGAGAGAAAGGAUAGGCUAGCUGUAGAGGUGGUGGCAAUGGAGGGCCGGAACGACGAUGUUGCCAAUUCAGGUCCCCGGAAAGUCCACUCUGAUGAUCACUUGGCCGUUGAAAUCCCCGAAACUGCCCAUCAAAUCAGCCGUGAUUCAUGGUUUCAAGUGGGCUUUGUUCUGACAACUGGUAUCAACAGCGCGUAUGUGUUGGGAUAUUCUGGUACUGUGAUGGUUCCUCUUGGUUGGAUAGGAGGUGUGAUUGGUUUAGUUUUAGCCACAGUUCUUUCACUGUAUGCAAAUUCUCUUGUUGCUAAGCUCCACGAAUUGGGAGGGAAGAGGCAUAUCAGAUACAGAGACCUUGCAGGCUUCAUUUAUGGUCGGAAAGCUUAUAAACUUACAUGGGCAUUCCAAUAUGUGAACCUCUUUAUGAUUAACACUGGAUUUAUCAUUUUGGCUGGUCAGGCUCUGAAGGCUGUCUAUGUUCUUUUUAGGGAUGACCAUGACAUGAAGCUCCCAUACUUUAUUGCAAUAGCAGGUUUUGCAUGUGGCCUUUUUGCCAUUGCGAUACCCCAUUUGUCAGCUUUAAGGAUUUGGCUUGGAUUUUCAACCUUCUUCAGUAUUGUAUAUAUCGUUAUAGCUUUUGCCCUGUCUCUUAAAGAUGGAAUUGAAGCUCCAGCCAGGGAUUACGGUAUUCCAGGAACGAACAUAGGCAAGAUCUUUACGACUAUAGGUGCAGCUGCAAAUACUGUUUUUGCUUUCAAUACAGGAAUGCUUCCAGAGAUACAGGCUACAGUGAGACAGCCUGUCGUUAAGAACAUGAUGAAAGGUCUUUACUUUCAGUUCACCAUAGGAGUUUUGCCUUUGUAUGCUGUUGCUUUUAUGGGUUAUUGGGCUUAUGGAUCCAACACAUCGACCUAUUUGCUCAACAGUGUCAAUGGUCCAGUUUGGGUGAAGACACUGGCUAAUGUAACUGCCUUCUUGCAAACCGUCAUCGCUUUGCAUAUAUUUGCAAGUCCAAUGUACGAGUAUAUGGACACAAAGUAUGGCAUCAAAGGAAGUGCACUGGCUGUGAAAAACUUGUCUUUCAGAAUUAUGGUGAGAGGCGGUUAUCUGACAAUAAACACAUUAGUGGCUGCAAUGUUGCCAUUCCUCGGAGACUUCAUGAGCCUCACGGGGGCUAUCAGCACCUUCCCGCUUACAUUCAUCCUCGCAAACCACAUGUACCUCGUCGCUAAGAAAAACAAGCUGACUUCUUUGCAGAAGCUCUGGCACUGGUUCAAUGUAUGUUUUUUCAGUUGCAUGUCUGCUGCAGCAGCAGUUGCUGCCGUGAGGCUUAUUGUAGUAGACUCCAGUAAUUUCAGUGUAUUUGCUGAUUUAUGACCCUUGAUGCCAAUUUGAUGAGAUAUUUAUUCUCAUUAUUGUAUGUUAAUUGGCAUUCAAGCUUUCUUUAGCUUUAUUGUUUAUUCACUAAAGGCUUUAGCAUUGAAUAACAUAGUUUUUUAGUUUAUUCUGACGG